AUGCAAACACGCGAGCGUGCCCAGACGCUGCCGGCACCGCCCGCCACGGCCAACCCGUCGCCCACCGCAGCGGCGGCUCCGCCUCCUCGCACCGCCGCCGUGACGUCGCCCCAGGCCACCGCCCCGACCUCAUCCCUGCGCCGCUCGGCCAGCGACGCCUCCACCGUCGCACCUUCGUCGCCGCCAACUUCGCCAAGACCGCUGCCGUCGUCGUCUUCGGGCAUCAUGCCGCCGCUCAAGUCCGUUCGCGCCUCGUCCGACAGCCCGCCCGCCGCCUCCGCCGGCAAGCGGCGCACUUUGGCGCGCAUGCUGCCCACCAAGGGGAGCAACACCACCUCCGCUGCCGCCACUACGGCUGACGUCGACAACAACAGCGACGACGCCGAACACUGGAGCGACGAGCGGGUCGAGUGGGCCGGCAUCACCUACUCGCUGGACGGACUUCCGCCGUUUGACUCGGACUGCCCGAACGCGGUGCGCGCGGCGAUGGAGCCGGCGCCCGGUUCCGCGGACCCGACGAUGCGGGCCUACAACCCCACGCACUGCCUGUGGCUGGCCAUGGCCGCCGCCCUCGCCUACCGCUCCUCCGCCCAGAUCAAGCACGUCGUCACCCGCAUCUGGCGGUGGGACGAGGCGGAGUUCUUCGAGGAUGUGGAGACGGACACGCAGGGGUUCGGGAUGUACAACCACCAGGCCAUCAUCGUCAGCUUCCGCGGAACCGUGGGCAAGCAGAACUGGCUCACCAACCUCGACUACUGCCCGACGGAGCCGUUUCCGACGCUGAAGGGGGUGAAGGUGCACAACGGCUUCAACUCGGCCCUGAUGUCGGUGUUCGAGGACGUCCGCCGCUUCAUCCUCAAGGCCCGCGCCAACAACCCCACCCUUCCCCUGUAUUUGGGCGGUCAUUCGCUGGGUGGUGCGCUGGCCAACAUGCUGCUGGCCUACCUGUCCAUGCCCAGCUGCAUGGCGACCUGCCCCUUGUACAAGCCCCCCACCAAGAAGGAUCGCAAGAAGUCCAAGGCCAACCUCCGCGCGGCAAGCGACAUGGAUAUGGUUCAGAAGAAAGAGGAGAAGACUGCGGUGAAGGAGUCGACGGGCGGCAGCGCCAUCGUGGGCGGCGCCGGCGAGCGAAAGGCCGGCCGGUUCCGAAGCCUCAUUUCGCGCGGCGGCGGCAAAGCCAAGGAAGCCGCGCCAGACUCGAAUUCCUCGGAUUCCGACAAUGAUGACGUCAGCUCCACUCCCAGGGGCAGCGUCGGCGACGACGAGCUCCGCCCGCAGCUUCCGCACCACUCGCAGUCCGUGCCCAACAUGGUCCUCAGUGACGACGACGGCGAUGAUGACGUCAGCGACGGCGACGACGGGCUGUCGCUGUCGGCCCCGGUCAAGCGCACGACCGGCGCGCCGCCUGCUGCCACGUCAGCCCACGUCAGCAUCGCGUCAUCGUCGCGGCCCAAGCACCACCCGCACAGCGACCCGCUGCUGAGCGCCAAGGAGAACGAGAAGCGGGCCAAGAAGGCCCGCAAGGAGCUCAAGGAGAAGCAGAAGGAGGAGGAGCAGCAGAAGAAGAAGGCCACCAAGGCGGCCAAGGCGGCGUCCAAGGCCCAGCUGCCCACCUCGCCGCGCAAGUCGGCCGGUCAGGCAGACGGCGAGGCCAACAAGGGCUCAACGUUGGCGAACGCGAAGCAAAGGCAGUCGUUCGUCGAGCAGCGGGUCCUGAAGCGGGGCCACACCGCGUGCGACCUCUCCCUCCUCAUGCCCGCCCGUCCGACCGCCGCCGCCGCCGCCGCCGCCGCCGACUCCACUGCCGCCACCGACGCCGCCGCAGCCUCGGCCACGACCGACGACUCAGCGCUGCCCAGUGCUGCGGCGGCCGAACCGACCGCGGAGGCGACGGCAGCGCCUUCGAUCACCGACGUGGCUGCCACGUCAUCAUCGACGCCGUCGUCGUCGGCCGAGCCCACUACCUCCUCGGUCCACGCGGACGGGUGGCACUCCACGAGCGCCCCGGUGGUGCCCACCAAGCCGCCGUUGUCGCCGCCGCUGCCGGCUGCAGCGGCGGUGGUGGCGGCCAUGGGCGAGGCCACCACCUGCGAGGCCACCACGUGCGACAUCACCAGCCUCGUCACCGCCUCGAGCGCCGUCGCCGCCUCUCACCUGCAGCCGAUGCCCUUCGUACCCAUUGCCGUCGCCGGGGUGUACACGUUCGGGCAGCCGAAGGUGGGCAACGACGAGUUCGUGUACGAGCUGAAGCGACACGCGCCCAGCACGGGCUUCUACCGGGUCACCCACAACAACGACGUCGUGCCCUCGCUCCCGCGCAAGGGAUACGCCCACUGCGGCCGACGCAUCUUCGUCUCGCAGGACGGCCUCCUCAUCCAGGGAGAGGGCGUGGCGCGUGAGGUGCGGGAGCUCAACCGAGGCGGAGUCGGCGCCAUAAGGCGGACCAAGCGGGGGCUGAUGGACCAUUUGAUGCGGGCGUACCUGGACCAGGUGGUCAAUCACUACCGGCUCAACGAGCCCGACCUGGUCUCGCCCUGCAGCAGCCCGGCCAGCCUGCGCGGCGCCCUCCGCGGCCUCCUCGAGGUCGAGCAAACCGUCCUCCGCGCCGAAGACGCCGGUUUCGCGCCGGAGAGCGUGGAGGACUUUAUGGCGGCGUUGCGGGGCUUCUCGGUGGCGGACGCCAUCCACACCGACAACCUGGGCAAGACCAAGAAGGCGACGGUCAAGGAGGCCAAGAAGAAGGCCACCGAGAGCAUCAAGCUCAUCAAGAAAAAGGAAAAGGCCCUUCGCAGAAGAUCUCAAAACUUGGAGGACGCGAUCGAGCCGGCCGCCGUCGCGGUCAGACCCACACACCGACGCACCAAGAGCACGGGGACUUCGGGGGUCGGGUUCAUUCGCGGCUCGGCGGACACCACCAGCAAGGCCGAUCUGGUCUAA